CAGUUAGAGGGGACAGAGGAAGGGUUCUUACUGGUUUAGUUAGAGGGAACAGAGAGAGGUAGGGAUAGGGAGGGGAUUUGGGGGAAGCUUCAUUCUCCCUCAGUUUGUGUCCUUCAGGGCACAUGUAGGCUUGUUUCAGUUCUCUGGUGUUUUGCCUAGCUUGGCUGUAGUGUUGAGGCCUCCUCUGCUCUAUUUGAGAGCUUCAUACAUCUCAGUGCUGGAAGGAUUUCCCUUACACUCAGGCUAAAUGUUGCCCUUCAGCACACACAUUGCAGGAAAGGCAGACUGUCCAUACUUUGCUAAGGCAGAACUUCUGGCUGACUAUCUGCAGAUUAAUUUACCUAACUUCAAGAUACACAAGAUUACUCAGCAUCCUGACAAGUGGAAGCAGUGGCUUCAUGAUAUCUGUGAAAAAAAUGGAUGGAAACACAAACACUCACCAAUUGUGUGGCGGGAAUUAUUGGACCGUGGAGGGAAGGGCCUGCUUCUGGGAGGAUUUAACGAUUUUAUGGAGCAUGCCCAGCAUUACUAUGGCAUCACCUCGGACAUGCUGAGUGAGCAGAUGCUGAGAAUUGGGGCGGAGAAUUUGAAUACUCACAUAGAAAUUGAGAAAGAGGAGGAAUAUCUGAAAAGUCUUAUCAACCCCUUGCAGGUUUGGAUAAGUAGUGCGUCAGCUCCUGCCUGCUACAACCUGAUUCCAUUAUUGGCUAGUGGAGAAGUGUUUGGGAUGGCCACAGAGAUCAGCAUCCAUCUGCUGGACAGUAACCACUACAAGGAAAUUCUGCAGGGUAUUGUAAUGGAGGCUCAGGACUUAGCAUUCCCCCUCCUUCGCAGUGUCUCAGUGCACACUGAAUUAGAUGAUGCCUUUCUUCAGGCUGAUGUUGUCAUUUUGCUUGAUGAUAUCCUCUUACAACAUGAGAUCCCGUCACUUGAGGACUGUAUCAGACAGGUCACUGAACAAUGUAAAGUGUAUGGUUCCCUGAUGGACAAGAAUGCCAACAGCACAGUCAAAGUUAUUGUGUCAGGAAAAACUUUUGUGAACCUUAGGGCAUUAAUGAUUAUGACAUUUGCCCUGUCCAUUGACCCCCAGAAUAUUAUCGCCAUGGCAAUGUUCUUGGAAAGUGCAGCAAAAGCCAUGCUGGCCAGGAAACUGAAUAUGCAUUCAGCAGGAAUCAAAGAUGUGAUUGUUUGGGGUAAUAUCAGUGGCAGGAGCUAUAUUGAUCUGUCUAAAGCAAAAGUUUACAGAUAUGACAGUGCUAUCUGGGGUCCACCUAGCUUUUCACGUCAUUUGCUGGACAUGAUCUAUGAUGGCAACUGGGUGCGUUCAGAAUUUGCAUCUGUACUGAGUUUACUGAGUUCCCGGGAACAUCACUGUCUAGGCAUUUCACCUGCUCAUGUAAUAGCCACUGUGCUGAGAUACUGGUACCAAGACUCUCCUCCCGGGGAGAUUGUAUCAAUGGGAAUACUCAGUGAAGGGCAGUUUUGCACCCCUGAGGGGAUUUUCUUCUCCAUGCCUGUGAGGUUCCAGGAUGGUGGUUGGGAGGUCAUUACAGAAACAGAAAUUAAUGAAGAAACUCAGGAAACUCUGAAGUAUUUAACCCAUGAUCUGAUACAGGAAAAAAAAGUUGCACUAGGGGAAAUAUCGGAAAUGUGUCCAUAUAAAGAAACUGCAUUCAUUGACUUUGAUAUGCUAGCGCUUCUUGAAGAGGAAAAUGCACCUCCAGACGACUUGGAAACCUUAUCCAGUGGCUUACUUCAGCCAAAGGCCCCAGAAGGAGAAAAAGUCCAAACAACUGCAGAUGAAACUGAAGCUCCACCCAAUGGGUUACUUCAGUCAGAGAUACUGGAAGAAGAAAAAGUUCAAGUACCCAUAGAUGAUGCUGAAACUUCAUCCGAGGGCUUAAAUCAAUCAGAGACCAGUCUGAGUAUGGCAGAAAACAAAAACCCUUAAAUUAUUUCUGAUCAAGUAAACUACAACAAGGGAUAUAGUGCUUGCAUCCUAUUUUGUAUUCUGAAAGUGACUUAUUCAUGGCUUUGAAUCUUCACAGGUUUUCUUUUGUGGGAGUUACAAAAGAAUGUACAGGGAACUAACACUAUUUAAAACACUCACAUUCCACAUUAAUUGUCUCUAUAGAGCUGAAAAGUUACACACAAAUUGAGUAAAUUAAAAUGUUACAAUGGUGAUGGUUUGUUGUUUUUUGGAGGGCGUUUGUGUAUAUAUGUGUUUAAGAUUUGUGUUAGAGAAGUUAAGAUACCAUAGUAAAGAAAAGCACCUUAGCU